AGUGAUCUCUUCGUCAGACGGAUUAUUUGUGUGAUUUUCGUGCAAAAUAACGCGAAAUAAUUGGAAAAUUGACGUGAAACUCGCAGCUGGAGCCCCAAACAAUGCAAAAAAGCAUCGAAACGCGUCAGAAUUCACAUAAAAAGUGAUGUAAAAGUUGUGAAAGUUUUGUACACACUACGGGCAGCCAUCGCCUAAAAAAUUUUUAAUAAUAAUAUUUUGUCUCAAAAAAAUAGCAAAUCCCAUGCUAAACGUGCAUUAAAGGCCUUUUACGUGCGAAAAUCUGCGUUUGUGAUUCGUGUGUGAAAAAAUUUCCAAAAAAUUUUCUCAAAAAAAUAAAAACAAUUCAAACUAAAAUUAAUUGAAAGAGAAAAAAAAAAGAAAAAAUCCCGGAAAUAUGGGAAAUUGUUUCAGUUGUGCCCAAAAACCAGCGACUUCGGAUCCCAUUGGUGGCGUCAAUCAAAUCGACGAGUUGACGGCGAUCCAGCAAUCGUCGCCCCAAGCGCAAGUCGCCGUGCACGGAGCGGACCAAGAAGUGCAGCGUACCCCUGUGCCACAACUCCCGGAAAAUGAGACUUCCAACUCGAAUGCGAAGAUUUUUGUCGCUUUGUACGACUACGAUGCCCGCACCGACGAGGAUUUGUCAUUCCGCAAAGGCGAACAUUUGGAAAUCCUGAACGAUACGCAGGGUGACUGGUGGCUCGCACGCAGUAAAAAGACGCGCACCGAAGGUUACAUCCCUUCAAAUUAUGUUGCAAAAUUAAAAUCAAUUGAAGCAGAGCCAUGGUAUUUCAGAAAAAUUAAGCGGAUAGAGGCGGAGAAGAAGUUGCUGCUGCCGGAAAAUGAACAUGGUGCUUUCUUGAUCAGAGAUUCCGAGUCGCGGCACAACGAUUAUUCCUUGUCGGUUCGCGACGGAGAUACAGUCAAACAUUACAGAAUACGUCAAUUAGACGAAGGAGGAUUUUUCAUUGCAAGACGCACGACAUUCAGAACGCUCCAAGAACUCGUUGAACACUAUUCCAACGACUCGGAUGGACUUUGCGUGAAUUUGUGUAAACCAUGCGUGCAGAUCGAGAAACCAGUGACUGGCGGAUUGUCACAUCGCACACGUGAUCAAUGGGAAAUCGAUAGAAGCUCCUUGCGAUUCAACAAGAAACUCGGCUCCGGACAAUUUGGCGAAGUAUGGGAAGGUUUGUGGAAUAAUACGACACCAGUGGCCAUUAAAACAUUGAAAUCAGGUACCAUGGAUCCAAAGGACUUCUUAGCUGAAGCUCAAAUCAUGAAGAAAUUGCGACACAGUAAACUUAUUCAACUGUAUGCGGUAUGUACGGUCGAGGAACCGAUCUUCAUUAUCACAGAAUUGAUGAAAAACGGAUCUUUGUUGGAGUUCUUGCAAGGAAAGGGACGCAACUUGAAAUUCCCACAAUUAAUCGAUAUGGCUGCCCAAAUUGCUGCUGGUAUGGCAUAUUUGGAGUCGCAGAAUUACAUUCAUCGUGAUCUGGCUGCAAGAAAUGUCCUUGUAGGCGACAAUAAUGUCGUUAAAAUUGCCGAUUUUGGUCUCGCUAGGUUGAUUAAAGAAAACGAGUACGAAGCUCGUGUCGGUGCGCGAUUCCCCAUUAAAUGGACUGCACCGGAAGCUGCCAAUUACAGCAAAUUCUCAAUUAAGUCUGACGUUUGGAGUUUCGGUAUUCUAUUAACUGAAUUAGUAACCUAUGGUCGCAUACCCUAUCCAGGUAUGACAAAUGCUGAAGUACUAAGUCAAGUGGAGCACGGAUAUCGAAUGCCAUGUCCGCAAAAUUGCAAUGCCGCAUUGUACGAAAUUAUGCUCGAGUGCUGGCACAAAGAUCCGAUGCGUCGACCAACGUUCGAGACGCUCCAAUGGAAGCUCGAGGACUUCUUCACCAUGGACCAAAGUGAUUAUAAAGAGGCACAAGCCUACUGAUAAAUGGCCGAUGGCGAACGUGCCAAUCCGCGUUCUCGCCAAAAGCAACAAUCGCAAGCAUUGUAUCAGUAGACAUCGUUUUGUCCCUUUUUCGUUCCGUUUUACUUUUAACACAAAAAUUCGUUUCUGUUUUGUUCUUCAAGUCUUUGGUAGCACAAAAUCUUUUUUUUUUAGUUCAAAACGUCCCGAUUUUAAUUUUAAUUUUUAAGCAAUAAAUCGAAAGAAAGACAAAUGAUGAUAAAUUCUGAUAGAUUCCACGCCAUAGAGUUAAAUUUAAGAUUUUUUUUACCGCGCAUACAAAAAAGGUGACAAUCAACUUUCAUUUUAAUUCAUUAACCGAAGUCACUGCCCAUCACAUUUUUUUUCACAAAUUUUAUGAAAAUCGAGAAAAAAAAUAAAUUUAAGAAAUUUUCACGUAUUAAAUGUGUACGAAAAAAAUUGCUUUUGUAAAUUUCGCC